AUGGCCUCGUUACAAGCGCCUGUUUCCGAUGAUUCCUUAGUGAUGAUCGACACUUCUAUGGCGUAUGAUGAGAAGGUCCUAUACACAGGAACGUACGCACCAUGGAACUCGCAGAACACUUUGUUUCAUAAGAAAGCCUUUUUCACGCUUUUCUUGCCUACAACAGUGACGUUUCGUACGACGGACAUAUGGCGGUCAUAUGUAGCCCAAAAGCUUCUGCAUAUGAUCGGAGAGACAGUGGCGUUCUAUCCACCCAAUGCUGUGCAAUACAGAAACGCUCAUGAUUACUUAGCCGAUUUCGAGGAUGAAAGUGAACGCGAAUUUUGGGGUGCUGAUGAUGCGCUCCUCGUACAGAAAUGGUUGACAGAUCUACGGAAGACAGGAUAUCAGUUCCCACUUCAAAAGAAACAUGGCAAUGAAUAUGUAGCAAUCGAUGAAAAAUCUCGACAAGUGAACUGCCGUCGGGCAGCCGUUGAAUUCGAAAACGAACCGGCAGACAAGGAGCAGGUACGAUUGCAAGAAAAUCGUGGCUCCUAUGCCUACUCAUGA